AUGCAGGGCCUGGGGCUGCGGAGCCUGCUCUGCGCAGCAGCCCAGGAGCUGGUGAGCAAUGGCAAGACCUUCACGAGGGUGGAGGAGAAGCUGAGCUGGAUGGACGCCCUGCGGUACUGCCGGGGGCACUACACGGACCUGGCCGACCUGCAGAGCAUGAACAGCAUGAGCAGCAUGAUGAGCCUCUUCUCCCUCACCAGCGGCUCUCAGGCGUGGAUCGGCCUCUUCUACAACGCGCGCAUCGGCGGCCUGAGCUGGUCCAGCGGUUCCACCUUCACCACUCCGAUAUGGAGCUCGCUGCCCGUCUUCAAGGAGGGCAUCUGUGCCACGCUGUUCUCCGCAUACAUUAUCCCCAACCUGGGAGCCGCCUCGUGCGCCCAUCAGAUGCCCUUCGUCUGCUACCACGAUCCUCUGGAGACACGCUACAACCUCGAGGAGCCCGUUCUCAGCCUGACCACCACGCCACAGCCAGAGGUGGUCCAGAUUGGCAGACGGACCUUCAAACGAUUUAACCAAGGAAUGACAUGGCAGUCAGCCCUGCUGUACUGCCGUACCCACCACACAGACCUGGCCGACCUGCAGAUGGUGACUGACGAGGCAGACAUGGAAGCCCUGAAGUCCAUCACCAGUGAGACGGAGGCCUGGAUUGGCCUCUACUUCAACGCGGCUUCUGGGUCUCUAAGCUGGUCCAGCGACAUGGGUGCCAGCAUCCCCACCUGGCUGCAGGUGCCCAAGUUUGGGACAGGGCUGUGUGCGGGGCUCCGCACCUACGUACGCUACAUCCCCAGAGUUUAUUCGGUGGUCUGCGCUCUUCUGCAACCCUUCAUCUGCUUCUAUGGUGCGUGGCAGUCCUCUCUCCGGCCCUCGGUCCGCAUGGGGUGGGAGAUGGCUAUCCCCAGUGAAGAAAGUGGCACUGGUGUAAGAGGUACAACUGCUGACAAGCAGGCCGAUCACGUGAGCAGAUCUAACCACCCGGAGUCACCAGGAAAAACCCCAGCGCCAGAAUCAGUGUGCACUCUGACUGCUAUGAACUUGAAGUUUUCAUAUGGCAGUAAGAUCAUCUCCCUGAACCAGGUAGCCCUUUCCUUUUCAGAGCAAUUCUUUGGGAUCCUGAAAGCAGAUUUUACCAUCCCAGCUGUAAUGGACUUAGAAGAUAUGAAAGACCAAUUUUUGAGCGAGAUCCAUGAAGUCUUAAAGCAAACGUUAGGUGAUGAGCAAUUCAGAUUGAAAUGGGUUGGCUUUGAAGUAAAUAAAAAAUAGCUCAUGUCUACUGAUCUGCAGUCUCCUUUUCACACAGUCUUCUCUG